AUGCAUUUCUUCUCUACUUGCUUUUUGGCUCUCUUCGCCAUUUGCGCUGUUUCUGCGCAAUUCCUUCCGUGGUAUCCAAUGGAGCACUUUGAGCCAUCUCUGUUCCCAAGACCGUCUCCAAUUGAAGAACCAGGACUUUUCAAUUACAUUCCAAAUCCAGCUGGAAUCAUUCACAACAUUAACCGUCCACCAACUCCACUUGGAUGGGGAAGAAAAUAA